UCGGAAUAGUUCAUUCGUUUGUUCGUUCUUCAGUUGAUUUGUUACGGUUUAGUUAGUUUCGCGUUUUUUUUAUUCACAUUUUGCAUUACGUUGAUUUCACCCAAAACGGGCUAGCUAAAAAGCAUUUACAUUAGAUUAGACAACGGCCAAACAGCCAUCGACUCGAUUUUUGUGAGCUUCCAAUCUAUAUACUACAGUUCGAUAUUAGAUAUUUUACAUUUUCGGUAUUCAAUGGAAGAUUGUGAAAAAAAGGAGAUUCAAAUGAAAAAUUGAUUUUCCCGUUGUGACGUACAAAACGCAUCACAUUGAGAAUCGAGCAUAUUACACUGUUGUUUACAAUCAAAGUACAUAAUAUUAAAAACAAACUAAAGUAAAAGUUUUUACGGUCUGGAGCAGAAAAUCGAAGGAAAAAUCAGACGAAAUGACGAGUAAGGGAGAGGACAGCAAUACAACAACAACAACCGAUGAUAACAUCUCAUUAAAUGAGGACCCAGUUGAUUUACAAACAGCAAAGCUUAUAAUCAACAAAUUCAAGCAGAAAUGUCGGAUGCAAAGCGAGCAAAUACUGAAUUGGAAAAAGGCCUACAAUAUGCAACGACAACAGCAUUUCGCCAUUGGUCAACUCAAAACCGAGCAAUUAAAUGCAUUAACUAGUCAAUUAUAUCUGCUAGAGUCACGUUUACGGCGCAAACAAAGACAUAUCGCAAACAUUUUGAUUGAAACUGAAUGUACAAUUGUCAGACAACAGAAGAUUAUUGAUACUCUGUCUAGUCGUUUGGUCGACUACAAACUGGAUUCGUGUAGCGACUUCGAAAAGUUAAACGAUGAUGGUGAUUCGGCAGUGGUUUUGGACGAUAUUAUUGAUUGUGAUAGCACCAAUUCAUCGAUUGCAUUGCGGCGCAGACACAACGGAGGUGACAUUAUCCGAUCUGUUUCGGACGCAAUUGACAGUACCCUGAAUAAAUAUUUGCCUGGUAAUUUAAAUCGACGAAGCAAUUGUUAUUUAAGACGUCCGGACAUUUUGGAAACCGUUUAUAGCGUUGAAGAAGAUGCAGAAGCAGAAAAUGCGUCGGAAAAACGUGAAAAUUUUAAACGACAAUCGAAACAUAGUUCAUACAACAAGUCGACACAUGAAUUGGAGAAUAUUGAUUGUGAAACAGUAAGCAUAAGUAUUAGCGAACCGGCCACUGUCACAUAUCCACGAAAUGUAGAUAAAACCAAGAAUGUCGCAUAUAACUAUAAUCGCAUUAUGUCGAAUCAUCGUACAGUGACCAAACCAAAAGAUGUGAAAUACAAACGAAUAAACAAAGCAAAAUCAAAAAGUCUUGAAGAGUUGCGGGGUCGGCUUAAACACUGGAUCGACAGAGGCAAUAGCGAAUCACUUGAUGCACCGAAACCAGCUCCAAACUAUGUUGUUUGACAUUCGAUGAAGCCCGAUAUGCCUAGAAAAAGUAUUUAAACGUACAACUACACAGAGUCAUAUAUAUAUAAAGUAUAUAUAUGUGUGUAGAUUUAUGGAGGUGGCGAUUGUGGUGUGACUAACACAAAUAAUAAAAAAAAAGUCGGAAACCUCAAAAAACCGCAACAUUUCACCAUAAAUCCAACGCGCCAUGUGCACGAAUGAUUCACCAUGGAAAACAGUUUAUCCAAUUAUUCGUUAACCAAUAAAAUUCAAUCUUCAGCAAUCUUUUUUAACACACUUUUUCUGUCUUUAAAGUAUACAUUUUAUUAUUGAAAGAAAAAUGUUCAUAAAGCCGAUUAAAUCGUUUUAUUUUCAUAUAUUUUUGCACAAUCCAAUUUUCUACAUUUUACAAUAUCUAAGAAAAUGAAACUUUUACCUCAAUUUAUACAAGGUGUCCAGAUUUGUUGAUCAAAACUUUCAGAGCUUUGGUUUUAUGUUCAUUGAAAAUGUAAGAACUAAAUACAAUUUUAUGAUAGAGAUGCGUUAAAUAUAUAGCUUGAGACAAACUGUGGUAAAUUGUUAAAAAUCAAUUGCAAAAAGCUUUCAAAAUUAAACCGAAUCACGUUUAAUGUGCCGAGGAUAUUAUCUUAUUCUGGUGCACUGAUCUAUGUAAUUAAUUGCUAUGUACUUGUUUAGUAGUUCUGCACAAAUAAAAGACGCAAUAAAAAGACACACACACACACAAUUUGAUUAAUUCGACAUUAAUGCAAAUUAUAAAAUCGAUUCACCAGAAAAGUGUGAUAAAAAUUAGCUUUUGUAAAACACAAAUAAACAAAAUAAAACAAAACACAGCUGCUUGCUAUUAAAAUUACACAUUUUCAAUUGGAAUUUGAUGUGCAAAUAUAACUAUGCUUCCGUUUUAUGACUGAAUAACUAAACAAUUAAAACUGUAAUACUAAAAGUUCGUUUGUAAGGAGAAAGAAGUUUGUGUCAUGAAAUUGUGUGAAAUGAAGUCAUCUUCAAUGGCAGUGUAAUGUCUGUUGAAAAGAAUUAAAAAUACACUGGUAAUUGUUUCUAUGAACUUUAUUGGAAUGGCAACAUCUGGAUCGUACUUAUAGAUUUUGCUGGUCUCGCUUUAAUGGCAAUGUCAAUUGAAAACCGAGUAAAAAUAUAUACUGUAGUUAAAAACGCAUUUCAAUGUACAGAAAAGGAGUUACAAAGAUUUGCUAUAUAUUAGGAGCUUGGUAAAUGUGAUUUUUUAAAUGCAAUUCAAAGACAUGUUUAAAUAAAUUAUAAAUAAACACAAACACCGACGCAAAUGUACGUGUCAAAAAAUAAUACAACUAAUAACAAAGCCUCUACAUAACUAUAUUUAAACGUGUAAAACUUGUAAACUGAUGAUAAAAAGAAAUUCUUGAAAUAAAAUGAUAUUAUGCAACUAUUUGAAGUAAGUGUUGUAUUUUAUUGCCACUUUAUAUGGAUAACGUUUUACAUGUAGAAGGAAAUUGAAUUUAUUAUACAAA